AUGGGGAUGCCACCACCUUCGUUUCUCUGGUUGAGGACAGUUGUUGAGGAGCUAGAACUAGAACGGAACAGACUACAGGAGCAAAUCCUAAUGUUGGAGGAGCGCUGUCAGGACUUGGAGGAAAAAGCACAGCUCCGUACCAGAGUAGAGUUCCAUCAGAGUGAAUCCGAACGCUUGCAGAAUCAAUUGUCCCUUGUGCGAUGCCAGCAAAGCCGUGAUUCUGAGCAACACCAUAAUCUUAUUACCAAUCUAAAUGAGCAGUUGAAAGAAGUCAGCGACAAGAAAGACUUCUUGGAAAAUUCACUUGUAGAAAAAGAUAAAUUGUUGGCAGAAACCUCAGCAAAACUGCUACAGAUGGAUAAAUUGAAGGAAUCACUGGAAACCCAGAAGAUAAUUAACCAAGACCUUACAGUAAAGCUAUUACAAACUGAAGAAAAUGUAAGUGUUCUAACGUGGGCAAAUACAACGAUGUAA